UGUCUUACCAUUUUAACCCAUUACUAAUCAUUUGUUCAAUUUAACCGUCACCAGUUAUACCAUUUUGUCACUUGAAGGCGCAGCCUUUGAUUUUAUCUCUUUCUUUUCAAACGAAAACGUUUUGAGAAUGAAAUCUUUAGCUUCAGUUUUUUUAGAUUAUCUGACUUUCUUUUUGUUCCAUCUUCUUAUAAUCUUGAAGGGUAACCCUGAGCUAUCCGUGAUUUGUAUUGUUUUUCAGUUCAAUUGCAACUAUUAUAACAAUUUAUUGAAACAACAUCAUCAGCAUUAAUAUCGGCAACACAAGUCGUUUUUCAAGUUGAGGAGAUAAACAUAAAGGUAAUAAACAUGUACGUGAUUACUUUCUCAUCAUUGUCUCCCAAUAUUUAUACCACAAGAUUGAAUUAAGAGGAAUCAAGGAAUUAAUAUCGCUUACAACUUUUAAAUUUAUUUUCUUAAAUACCAUCAAAACAAUUACAGCCUCCUGCAUCAUCAUCGCCAUCCUUAGUUGGUCCUAACGGUUUCCCUGUUGUAUCCAUUUGUCAACUGGUUCAGUAAAAGUAGCUGUUCAACAAUCGCAUAAUCGGAUGUUACUAUUUGUAUACAAAUCGUCUCGUUCUGGUUGACCGAACCAUGGUUUCCACCUUCCUUUGAAACACUUCAUUCACCAUAUAAAACUGAACAAUCAUUUGAUUUUACGGUUUAUUUAGUAUCAUUGAUGAGUGCCUGAUGAGUUGAGAAAAGAAAACAUAAGCUUUAAAAAGUAUCAUUUCUAUAGCGAAGACAGUUUUAGUUUGUUUAUAGCGUAUUGCUUAAAGGUUCAACUGAAGUGAUCAAAAAUAUUAUUUAAGUUCAAGUGAACUAGUAUAUAACUAUAGUAUACAAAUUAGAUAUUUAAUUCAAUUUGAAUUGUAUAAGUGUUGUGAUACAAAUUAAGGCGCUGAGGCCAUGGCGUCAACUAUUUUAUAUCAAAUCAUUUUUUUCAUCACUUUUAUUUGUGUCAAUAAUUGUGUCAAUGGAGAUGCCAAUGGUGUAAAUACAAAUGUUUCUUCCACAUCACCCAUUACGAUUGCUGGUAAUUUAUCUUCACCAGUAGUCCAACUUUCUGCUAAUGAUUCUAAAGUUGAUUGGAUUCAAUCAGUGCUACAAGCCUAUGAAGCUGGUACGGAUAAAGGCUCCAAAACGACCAAUGGAACCAAUGAUUUGGAUACAAGUGCUUCAGGUCAUAGAUACCGUGUAACCCAUGUUAAUCCUUCACCAUCAUCUUAUGAAGAAGAUGAUUAUCGAAGCCGUGCUUCAUCAGCUUACCGUGGCUCAUCUUAUCACCAUCAUCAUCACCAUCGAGGCAAUCAGCCUUUGAGUAGUUAUGAAUCAAAUGACAACCAUGACAAUGAUCAUCGUGAUUACCAUUCCCAUCCACCCAAGUCUCGUUCAUCUGCCUCAAGAGAUGAUAUUUCACCUGCCCCAUUAAGUGCACGAGAUGAUGCUUCUCGUAAAACGGACCCUGAUUUUGGACAACAUUAUGAUUCUGAUGGUCAUCGAUAUGAUUUUGGUUAUGAUGUUAAAGAUAAAGAUGGUGCUCAAGCUUUCCGUAAAGAAAGCGGAGACGCUAAAAGUUUAAAAGGUUCAUAUGGAAUACGUGAUGUUGAUGGUCGUCUGCGUAUUGUUCGUUAUGUUGCCGAUGAGAAAGGUUUCCGUGCAAAAGUGGAGACAAAUGAACCAGGAACUGGUAGUGAAGAUUCAGCUAAUGUCUAUUUCAACGGUUAUGAUGCUGAAAGAAUACCUUCUCAUGAAGUUGUCCAUAAAGAUCGUGGUCAACAUUCCUUCAAACAUGGACACUACAAUAAACAUACUCCUGCUGACUCUGGUCUCUAUGAUGACCAUAGAGAGUAUGUUGAUGAACAAAGUAGCGACGAAGUUUCCGGCUACCGAUUACAUGAUCAAAUACCAAUGGAGAUACAACCCGCUGUAGGACCAAGGAUGAGAUUUGCUACUGUUCCAAUUGAUGCCAAUAUGGUUGAUACCGUAGAUCCCGAUGGAUCAGUCGCUGUUGCUGCAGGAUUAUCCGGCUCUAUGGAUGGUUUAUUACCAAGAACACCAUACAAAGAUGUUGCUUCACCCUAUCACACCUCUUUACAUCAUCAUAUCCAUCAUCAUCCCUCUUCUCCCCUGGACUUAGGACACGCACACAAAUUUAGUCGACCAAUGUACUCAAAACGUCGCCAAGACUCUAAAGUAACUGACUUCACGUAUAACAUUCCUUAUAACAGCAUAACAGGGUUUUUCAAAACAAGGUACUUGUAAUAUUUUAUAUCAUCAUUAUUUUGUGUCAUCAUCUCAAUCAAAAAUGUCAUCAAUAUUACUUUGACCAUUUAUUUUGGCUAACGUCUAGUUACUAAUUUUUUUGUGAACAAAACCUUUUUUUCGGCGUAAAAAUACUUUUACAUUAAUUUUUUAAUUCAUCUGAUCAAUAUUUUUGUUAUGAAAAUUUUAAUUUUCUUGCCCUUUUUGCUAAUAUAUACUCUUUAUUAUUGAACUAAUUGUCUUUCCAAGCCGACAGAGUUCCAUGUCAAUAUUUUCCACCGUAAAUAAUAUUUUUGAAAAAAUGUAAAUACAAUCAAAUUGAAAAUAAAUGAAGCGUACCAAAGA